AGUCCCGACAGCAUUUGCGUCUGCAACAACACGCAGAUGUGCCAAGCCAGACCGCAGUCGAACUCGACAGACCCGUGUCUGGAGCGUUCUCAUACAACACAGAGGAAGGGAAAGAGAGGAAAAGACACGGAUAGAGUAAUUGGUAACAGCUUAGAAACCCAUCUUUGGUUUAUAAAUGCUGAUUAUUGUGCGAUCUGGUCUGUCCUGUUCCCUUGACGUUAAAGCCUGACGGACUUUUCAAGACAUAGGGCGGCCCCCUUCCGCGAGAACCAAUUACACGGCACCAGGGGCGGGUCUUUAGGCAAAGAUCCCACGCCCGCCGUCUCGACGUCACCUCCGCAGUGUCGCGCGCACCCGUUGAUAUGAGAGGUGCGCGCGUCGUCACGUUACACGAAAGCUGCUGGUAAACUAAAGACACCUCAGGAACUAGAAGGCAUCAUGGCUACACCGACAUCUCUAGAUCCAGAUUUGGUUCGGGAGGUGUUGGAAUGCCCCAUUUGCCUGGAAACCUACAACCAGGACCAGCUACGACCCAAGCUGCUGCAGUGUGGUCAUUCGGUGUGUCGCCAGUGCCUCGAGAAACUCCUCGCCAGCACGAUCAACGGCGUGCGCUGCCCCUUCUGCAGCAAGGUGUCCCGCAUGAGCAGCAUUUCCCAGCUGGCCGACAAUCUCACCGUGCUGAAGAUCAUCGACUGUGCGAGUUCGUGCGUAUCGACCAUGGGUCUCAUGUGCAAGUCCUGUAAGAACCGCCUGCCCCGUCAGUACUGUUGCGACUGUGACAUCGUGCUGUGCGACACUUGCAAAACCGAAGGUCACCAGCGGCAAGGUCACGCCGUGCAGGCCAUUCGCGUGGCCGCCGAACAGCGCCGCAAAGACCUCGGCGGGAAGCUCGCUAACUUGCGUGAAGCCAUGGGUAACAUCCAGAAAAAAAAGGCUGCCAUUGACAACGUGGCAAAAUCGCUCAGACUUAAGUAUAAGGCUGUCCAACAGGAGUACGCCAAGGCCGAACUGCGGCUCCAGGAAGAAUUGGGCCGCUCCCGUCGUGCCUUUGCCACUUCCAUGACUGAGAUCGAAAAGCUCAAUGCCCAGAUUCUGGAGGAGCAGACGUACCUGCUCAACAUCGCAGAGGUUCAGGUCGUGUCACGUUGCGACUACCUCACCAUGAGGAUCAAGCAGACCGAUAUCGCUCUACUGGAGGAGGAAAGCAAUAAUGAUGAAGAGGAGCUGGAUUUAAAAACCAACCUGCCUGUCAUUCUGAAACUACAGGAGCCAGAACUGGUUAAAACCGAGCAAUCGAAACCUUUAGAGGUGGGGCAGCUGACUACAAAACCCUGUACUGUCAACGCAGAGGAGGAAGAUGGCCUUGAGUUUGCCGCAUCCACCAGCACCCCUCUAGACAUUUAUCGUGAUAUCGAUAUGGUGGCGGCCGUCGAAGAGGCCGUUUGUGCUUCGCCCGGUAGUUUCAAGUCCAAGUCUGUAGAUGGAGGGGGACCUUCUUCAGGGGCGACAGGUGGGCAGCUCUGCCAGUUUGUGAAAAAGAUGGGCUGCAAAGGGAAUCUGCCUGGCAUGUUCAACUUGCCUGUAAGCAUCUGCGUCACGCACCAGGGAGAGGUGCUUGUGGCCGACCGAGGGAACUACCGCAUCCAGAUCUUCAACCGCAAGGGCUUCCAAAGGGAGAUACGGCGUAACCCGAGCAGCAUCGACAACUUUGUCUUGAGUUUCCUCGGUGCUGACCUGCCCAACCUGAUUCCUCUCUCCAUCGCGAUCACCGCUCAGGGCCUGAUCGGUGUCACCGAUAACUAUGACAACUCCGUGAAGGUUUACACCACUGAAGGCCACUGCAUCGCCUGCCAUAAGAACCAGCUCAUCAAGCCAUGGGGGAUCGCCGCCAUGCCGUCGGGUCAGUUCGUGGUGUCCGACGUCGAGGGCGGAAAGCUCUGGUGCCUGGCCGUGGAUCGUAACGUAGGGGUGGUGAACUACAACCGCCUGUGCUCGGCAGUCAGGCCCAAAUUUGUGACUUGCGACUCCUCGGGUACUGUCUACUUCACCCAGGGCUUGGGUCUGAACAUCGAGAACAGACAUAACGAGCAUCACCUCGAGGGAGGUUUCUCCAUCGGCUCAGUGGGUAUGGACGGGCAGCUGGGUAAACAACUCAGCCACUUUUUCUCCGAGACGGAGGACUUCCGAUGCAUUACCGGCAUGUGCGUGGACUCGAACGGAGACUUGCUCGUGACGGACAGCGGCCGCAAGCAGAUCCUUCAAUUCCCUAAAGAAGGUGGCUAUAACGUUCUCAUUCAGGAGGGCCUUACCUGCCCUGUAGGAGUCGCUGUUACUCAAAAGGGACAACUGCUAGUUUUGGACUGCUGGGACCACUGUGUAAAGGUCUACACGUAUUUGCAGAGGAGACGUUCCUCUACUUGUUAAGAUGAUGGACAGUUUUUAGACGUGUCACUUUAAUUCACAGGCAACAUUACAACGUGAUUGCUUCUUAGUGAAAUCUGACCGGUGGUCUGCUGGGAGAUUUGCGCAAUCAUUCACCACUGCCAUGGAGCAAUUGGAGGGUGUAUAUUAUUUUGGCUAAAUGUUGUAAUACAGCACAACUGAUGGCAAUAACUUUACAUUUCUGUGCUGCUCUACUGACAUUAAGAUGAAAGCUGAAUUGCUAUGUUAUUAGGAAAUCUUAUUACAGAAAUGGGAUUUGAGAAUCUAAAUCGUGCUGAUUUAAAACACUAUUGGUGUGUGUCUCUGUGUGGUUGUGUGUGUUUUGCCCAUGCGUCAUAGUUUUACUUUUCUCCCACAAAGCCUCAAUGUUAAAGUGCCCCCUCAUAUCUGAAGCCUUACAGUUCAUAGAAACUUAUUCGUGUUUCUGUGGACCGUGUGAUUCUCUGAAAUGUUAAAAUACAGUGUAACCGGUGAAAAUCAAAUGGGAUAUUUAACUCACUUAAGUUCCCUACUGAAAAAAAACAGCAUUAGCUGGUGAGCUGGUUUUAGCUGGUUUCUCAGCUUGGUAUUAGCUGGUUUUGCUGUAGCAGGUUGAUCUAGCUGUGUUUUUGUCACUUUAUAAGAUGGUCUAGGCUAGGAUGACCAUACUUGACCAGGAUGACGUAUGGUCACCCUAGGCUAUCUAGACUUAGCUGGUCAGGGUGAAAGGCCAGCUGACUCACCAGGUUUACCAGCUUACGCUGGUCUUAGCUGGAUUUUUCAGUAGGGUUGUCUGUUACUGGUGUUGUUAAUGUUAAUCAUUGUUUGUGAUUAGUUGUACCGUAAUCUGGUUUGUGAAGCCAAAGGACUGUGAAAUUCAGGCGCAUGUCACCAGAGUCCCUGUUGUAGUAGUUCGUCUAAAGCAACUCGAUCAAAACUAAAUCUGAGCAAUUUACAACGCUACACUGUCUAUGAAAUGAUAUUCUGCAUUUAAGUGUCCUUGUUUUUUAAGAGAUGUAUCUUUAGAUAGCUUAGUCCAUCGGAAAUGAAGCGGAGAAUUAUUCUGUUUUGAUUUGGGCGGCCUGAUCUUACAGGAAUUCGUACGUGUUUUACGAGUCGGCUAAUUUGUAUGAAUUCGUAUGAAGUGAGAAGCAUCUGAAAACAUCUGAUUAUCAUUAAUAAACAAUGAAACCCUAACUCAAACAUCAAAGAGAAAGCAGAUCGUACAAAAACUCUACAUACGUGGUCGUACGAAUUAGUCACCUCGUAACUACAUCCAAAUCCCAUGAAAUUGCGUUGGAACUGUUAAUGAUACUCAUUAUAUUUAAUUUGCACUCAAUAAAUUCUGGUCUUUUGUUACUUUUUCACAUUUAGUAAAUGCUCCCAAAGCUACAUUAAUGUUUUCUUUCUUAAAUUUACUUGUUUAUGAUAUGAAUUACAGGAACCGGUAAUGCUAAUCUACAGUGCCGCUAUAAUCACACAUAUAAGCCCCAAAGAUGCACUAAUUACCUGGGUCUUUAAUAUUACCCAUCAUGCCUUUGGGUUAUAUCACAUAUCUGAAGGUCUCAGUAAUGAGAAUAGUUUUACACUGUUGUUCUUUCGAGAGAGUUUUUAAAGCAGGAUACUUUAAACAAAAAUUUCUUUCGUAAGGUCAAAUGUAUUAUGCAUUGUUGUUGUUUGUGAAAUGAGUCCCAAAUUCUUGUUUAUAUUGUUCAUGACCAAUUGUGUGCAAUAAAGUCAACAUAUCUGA